AUGCUUCGACGCCCACGUGAAGCCCAGCCUGAUGCCAUAACCUCCGAAAUCGGAGCGAUCCUUGCACCCCUGGAUAUCUUUCCAUGGGGACCGCUUGCAAUGAACUACCUUGGCGUUCCGAUUGUACUAGGAACAGCUAUGAUCGCCGUACACGAUAAGGACUAUCAGACAGCAUGCCAGAAGCUACAAGAGUCCGAAUUCCAUAAAACAGUCCCUGACCGCAGACCUGCCCCCGAGCUACUGGCUCGACUCCCGAAUCCAGAUAAGGUCAUGAGAAAGGUUAAUAAAAAAUACGAACGUCUGGAUAAAUCAACCACUAUCUUCGACUAUCCAGCCAACCACCACCUAGCCGUGGGUCUCAAGUUGAUUGUGGUCCCGAAUUCUUUUGCAAAUCUUCCCAUACAGGAUGCGGCUAGCGACCUCCCUACAAAAAAAUACGAAGUCUAUGGCAAUAUAUUUCACCCGCUUGAAGAGGCGUUGAUUGAGAGUAUGGCUAAAGGUGUUCUCAUUGAUGAGAAUGACCAAAAUGCUCCUACUUCGAUCUGGGGAGAUACAUUGAGUACUUGGAUUGCGAUGAUGGUGUCAUACCUUGAGAUAAAUAAUGAUAUUCUUGAUAGCUGCCCCGAUAAGCGAGCCGUGGAAUGGUUCAGUGGGCGCUAUGGUCGAAUACACGAGGAAAAGUUCGGCCCCUGGGACAGACGUGUCUCAAAGCGACUGGGCUCUGGGAGAGAAAUUCCCGUGGAUAUGAGGGGCAACCUGCUGGCUGAAUGA